UUCAAUAACCGCUCCCUAAACAGGAAGUACCUGUGGACGCCAUUGUUGGUGUUGACAUCUUUACCGAACGGAGUGUCAGCUCGCUCUUCUCUUCAACAUGAAUCGCCUAUUUGGAAAGGGGAAAGCAAAGGAACCUGCGCCGAAUCUCACAGAUUGUAUUUCAAAUAUUGACAGUCGAGGAGAUUCGGUUGACAAGAAGAUAAGUCGGCUAGAUCAAGAAUUGAACAAAUACAGGAAUCAGAUGAAGAAGAUGAGAGAUGGUCCAUCAAAGAAUAUGGUCAAACAGAAGGCAAUGAGGGUUUUGAAACAGAAAAAGAUGUAUGAAAGUCAGCGUGACCAGCUGAUGCAGCAGUCCUUCAACCUGGAACAACAGAACUUCGCUAUCCAAACCAUGAAGGACACCAAAACAACAGUUGAUGCCAUGAAAGUUGGAGUUAAACAGUUUAAAAAAGAAUACAAGACGAUGGAUAUUGGCAAGAUUGAGGACCUGCAAGAUGAGAUGGAAGAUCUCAUGGAUCAGUCCAAUGAGGUCCAGGAGAUCAUGGGACGGAGUUAUGGCAUGCCGGAGGUGGAUGAUGAUGAGCUUGAGGCAGAGCUUGAUGCCUUGGGUGAUGAGAUUGGCCUGGAUGAGGACGCCUCUUAUCUUGAUGAUGCUGUCAGUGCACCGUCAGCACCUACAGGCGAGCCUGGAGCAGACAGCAUGAGGGGAGAUGUUCCUGUUGAUGAAUUCGGAUUACCCCAGAUUCCCCAGUCAGCCAAAUAGGAGCCAGCGAACUACACUUGUUACUGAUUGUCACUCUGUAAAUAUAUAAGUGAGUUUGUACAGACAUGUUGUUGUAACUGUGGUCAGAUAUCUCAUACAGUGAAACUGUAUCCCAGACUUGGCGAUAUGGUGGGACCGAUCUCUGUCAGCAAAUGCUUUACGUUAUUCUUUAGUCUGUGGAAGCUGACUUUACAGGGUAUUGUAAAACAUUUAAUCUUAAGGUUCGAGACUGACAUACUCAGAAAACCGAAUUUGGUAUGGUUGUUCAUUUAAUUUAAAAACUUAAGACUACUCUAUGCAUUAGUGCUGUAGAUUUGCUCCAACUCAUUUAUUUUUUCAAGAACAAGCUGAAUCUAAUUAUUUGUGUCUGGUGUUCAGACAUCUAAACAACUUGCAAGUCUUUUUCAUGAAUAUGUGAUGAUUUAUCAUUAUUCAACAUUUUCUGUUACUAUGAUGUAUAUACUGCUGUUCAGUAAAUCAGUCUCAGAUGCGUUGUGCUGUUGCUUUAAGAAAUAUGUGCGGUAACACGUAUACUGUUCUACCAGCUAAGACUGAACAUUUCAACUGUAACAAAAAAUUAUGCAUGAUGUACCAAGGCAAAAGAAAUUCAGUAUCUCACAGACAUGUGAAUUGGGUAGACUGUGCAUAAUAUAGUAUAUGUGCACUGAUCCUUUGGUUUAUGAACAAAUAUGUAGUAUGGCUGUAAUUUUGUAGAUAUUGAUGUAUGAAUGAUUCAAGGCAGUGUGUGAAAUUCAGUGACAGUAGUACUAGUCAAACAGCUAUAGUUCAGAGUUUCUCCUUGAGACAAAGUACAUUUGGAUAAUUUCCAUAAUUUUAUCAACAUCUUUCAUGACCAAAUUUGAAGAAAAGAAUCUUCAGCACAUUUUUUAUGACAGUGUCCCAGAAAAUGGAACUGAUUUGAAAACCUGUACCUUAUGAAAAACAAUACAGGUCAUAGUCCUCUGUACCCCCACCUUGAUUGGGAACUGUUUAACUGUCUAGAGACCAUGUACAGUCUAGGUCUAGACACAGAGACAUAGUCUCAGUGUUGAAUGUUAGAUUGUUAAAUUGAUAUGCAAAUAUGUCAUGAAAUUUGAUUUAACAGAUAAUGAUAGUUUUGAAUAUCUCAAAGCAUUUGUACUGCCGAAAGUGGUGCCAAUUGGAACAAGCCUAAUCUAUCUUUAACACUACUCCCCAUGCGUAUGAACGUUAAUGGAAUUAGUGUGGAAUUUAGUAACGUAUUUGACUGGGUCACACCACAAUAACUGUAUGAACAGUCAGACUAGCCAUUGAGCUUCUGACAUCUAAGAUGAAGUGUGUUCACUACAAGUAUUUCACACACUGCUUUAGAGCUAUCUUUUCUUUGUUACAGCUUAUUCUAUUGUAAGCCAACUGGAGGGUGUGUGGCGGCAAUAUCAUGCAUCUUAGGCUUAAUAAAAUAAAAAAAUUGGUUCUCAGGCAAUUUGAGAAUAUACAAUAAUUCCGAAAAAAUUAAGUAUUAGAGCAUUUUACUGCUGGGGUCGUGUGUUCGAGAUGCGGAAUAUAUAAACAUUUUUUUUAAUGGAAAUAAAAAUAAUGUGUGGCGGACUUUAUGAUGACGCGAGCGGUGCCUGAGAACCAAGACUGUAAUUUUUUUCAGCCUUAGUUAUGGCUCUUGAUUCUUGAAACUAUUGUUAAAUCACUCAAAUGAAGUCAGGCUAGGUCAAAUUCUUCAUCAUUGCGUACAAAUGUACAAAAUAGUUAAAAUCAGCUUGUUGAUGUAAACAUUGUAAGUUAUUUCAAGUGUUGUCAUAUUUAUGCUCAUUUUAUUAAACAUUUUGUACAUAUUG